CCCUGCCGGCCCGCCGUCAGAGAGGCGGGAAGAGCUCGGCCGGGGUUGAGUCGCUGGCCUGCAGCUUCCCUGUGGUUUCCCGAGACCUCCUUGCCUCCGGCUCCCCGAGGAGCCUUUCACGCGAAGGCGCGGCGAUGCCGGAGAACUGGAAGUGGAGGAACCGGCAGCCGACGGUCCGCUCCGGGAACGAGCCUUGCUCUGCGCCCGCCAUGGAUCCGGCCCGUGGCGGGGCGUGGGCCCACAGUCGAGCCGCGCUCCACCGCCUGGAGAAGCUGCUGCGUUGCUCGCGUUGCACUAACAUUCUGAGAGAGCCUGUGUGCUUAGGAGGGUGUGAGCACAUCUUCUGUAGUAAUUGUGUAAGCGACUGCAUUGGAACUGAAUGUCCAGUGUGUUACACCCCAGCCUGGAUACAAGAUGUGAAGAUUAAUAGACAACUGGACAGCAUGAUUCAACUUUGUAGUAAGCUUCGAAAUUUGCUACAUGACAAUAAGCUCUCAGAUUUGAAAGAAGAUAAACCUAGGACAAGGUUGUUUAAUGAUGCAGAAAACAAGAAGAAUUCAAUUAAAAUGUGGUUUAGCCCUCGAAGUAAGAAAGUCAGAUAUGUUGUGAGUAAAGUUUCAGUGCAGACCCAACCUGAAAUAAAAAAAGAUGUAAAUGCUCAGCAAGACUCACUGUAUGAAUUUGUUUCCACAACUCCUCCUGCAGAUGUUUCUGAGAAGGCUAAAAAGCCUUCUGCAAGAUCUCUAAAAAAGCAAAAAAAGAAAACUUUAGCUGAAAUCAACCAAAAAUGGAAUUUACAGGCAGAAAAAGAAGAUGGCAAAUUUGACUCCAAAGAGGAAUCGAAGCAAAAGCUGGUAUCCUUCUGUAGCCAACCAUCCGUUAUCACCAGCCCUGAGAUAAAUGGUGAAAUAGACUUACUAGCAAGUGGCUCCUUGACAGAAUCUGAAUGUUUUGGAAGUCUAACUGAAGUCUCUUUACCGUUGGCUGAGCAAAUAGACUCUCCAGACACUAACAGCAGGAAUGAAGUAGUGACUCCUGAAAAGGUCUGCAAAGAUUAUCUUACAUGUAAGAAAUCUUUGCCAUUAGAAAAUAAUGGAAAACGUGGUCAAGACAAUAGACUUUCCAUUCCCGUUUCUAAGAGAUGUAGAAGCAGCAAUCUGAACACCAGUGGAGAUUUUGUUAAGCAAAUGGUGCCCUCAGAAAAUAUUCCAUUGCCUCAAAGUUCUCCAGACAUUAAGAGCAAGAAUGAAGUAGUGACUCCUGAGAAGGUCUGCAAAAAUUAUCUUACAUCUAAGAAAUCUUUGCCAUUAGAAAAUAAUGGAAAAUGUGGCCAACAUAAUAGACGUUCCAGUCCCAUUUCUAAGAGAUGUAGAAGCAGCAUUCUGAGCACCAGUGGAGAUUUUGUUAAGCAAAUGGUGCCCUCAGAAAAUAUUCCAUUACCUGAAAGUUCUUCGCCACCUUCACGCAAACGUAAAGUUCAUGGUACAUCGGGGAGGAAAAACAGUAAUAUGUCAGAUGAAUUCAUUAGUCUUUCACCAGGUACACCACCUUCUACAUUAAAUAGUUCAAGGUACAGACAAGUGACAUCUAGCCCCUCAGCAAUGAAGCUGUUACCCAAUAUGGCUGUGAAAAGAAAUCAUAGAGGAGAGACUUUGCUCCAUAUUGCUUCUAUUAAGGGCGACAUACCUUCUGUUGAAUACCUUUUACAAAAUGGAAGUGACCCAAAUGUUAAAGACCAUGCUGGAUGGACACCAUUGCAUGAAGCUUGCAAUCAUGGGCACCUGAAGGUAGUGGAAUUAUUGCUCCAGCAUAAGGCAUUGGUGAACACCACUGGGUAUCAAAAUGACUCACCACUUCACGAUGCAGCCAAGAAUGGGCACAUGGAUAUAGUCAAGCUGUUACUUUCCUGUGGAGCCUCCAGGAAUGCUGUUAACAUAUUUGGUCUGCGGCCUGUGGAUUAUACAGAUGAUGAAGAUAUGAAGUCACUAUUGCUGCUUCCAGAGAAGAAUGAAUCAUCCUCAACCAGCCAUUGCUCGGUAAUGAAGACUGGGCAGCGUAAGGAUGGACCUCUUGUACUUAUAGGCAGUGGGCUUUCUUCAGAACAACAGAAAAUGCUCAGUGAGCUUGCAGUAAUUCUUAAGGCUAAAAAAUGUACUGAGUUUGAGAGUACAGUAACUCAUGUUGUUGUUCCUGGUGAUGAAGUUCAAAGUACCUUGAAGUGUAUGCUUGGGAUUCUCAAUGGAUGCUGGAUUCUAAAAUUCGAAUGGGUAAAAGCAUGUCUACAAAGAAAAGUAUGUGAACAGGAAGAAAAGUACGAAAUUCCUGAAGGUCCACAGAGAAGCAGGCUCAACAGAGAACAGCUGUUGCCAAAGCUGUUUGAUGGAUGCUACUUCUAUUUGGGGGGAACCUUCAAACACCAUCCAAAGGACAACCUUAUUAAGCUCGUCACUGCAGGUGGGGGCCAGAUCCUCAGUAGAAGGCCCAAGCCAGACAGUGACGUGACUCAGACCAUAAAUACAGUCGCAUACCAUGCCAGACCUGAUUCUGAUCAGCGCUUCUGCACCCAAUAUAUCAUUUAUGAGAAUUUGUCUAAUUAUCACCCAGAGAGGGUUCGUCAGGGCAAAGUGUGGAUGGCUCCUUCGAGCUGGUUUAUAGACUGUGUGAUGUCCUUUGAGUUGCUUCCUCUUGACAGCUGAAUAUUAUAACAGAUGAACAUUUCAAAUUCAACUUGCACGGUUUGUGAGAACCCCGUCGUUGUACUGUUUUUAAUUGUUCACAUUUUUACAAAUAAGGAGAGUCAUUCAUAUUUAUCUUUGAAUUAAAAAAAAAAGUCAAAUGUCAGAUUAGGAAUUCACUUUGUGUUUACCAUUUAGAUGCUGGAAUUGCUUUUAAGGAUUUUUGUUUUUAAAAUUGGUGUGUUUUUUUGAUUCAUCAUGUCUUUCUAUUCAGAUUAUUGAGUAUCAAAGAUUAAUGAGAGGACACUAGACUCAUGGUUAAAUAGACAAGUGAUAUCAUUACUUACUAAAAUCUAUACCUGCCACCAGUGAAAAAGCUUGCCUUUUUUUUUUAGUAAACAGAGAAUAUUAUCAAAUAAUUUAUUUUGUUGAAAAGAGAGUAUCUGAUCUUAAAUGUGCCACCAGUGUUAAAUUCUCCUAUCUGCAGUUGUCUUUAUCCUAUUUUGUGUUUUCUUUUUUCCUUUAUUAUUUAAUUUGUGGUCUGUUUCUACACUUUUUCCUUGUUUUUUAUCCUGUAUAUUCACCAGGAAAUCAUGAUUUUAUUCUUAACAUUUUUUUUUUUUUGGUGGGAAAAAUCAAUACUGAGUUCAUGGUACAUAUUUUCAUUCUGUACAUUUGCUUAUAACCGUCAAUUUAUAACUCUGUCUACUACAUAUGUGUAUAUACUUAGAACAUUUUAACAAAUUUUAGUAUCAGUUUUUAGAAGGUCUGACUAGUCUAGCAAAUUGUCAGUCCAACAUCAUUACUUUAAGAAGCAGUCUUAUUCUGGUAGACCUUGUUGGUACUUCUAAAAUAAUUUUGAAGGUCUUAAAUUCUUCCUUUGUAAAGUUUUUUUUUAAGUUUUUAGGUUGGCCUGGAAGCAGAAGUUGGUGAUUACUUGAUUUAGAAUAGAUUUUUUCCAGAUCAUACAAAAGGAGGGGGAGGGCUUAACUAAUAUCAAAUAGGCAAAGCCUCAGUGAGUGGGCAGGAUACCCCUGAGAAUGGCCAGACUGGGGGAGGUUACUCUGCUUUGGGUGCUCUCAUUUGCAAAUUGACAAGGAUACAUUAUUUCAAAACAUUUUUUUAAGAAACAGAAUUCUUUAAUAAUUCCUUCCUAGACAUUGGAUAUACUUAAACAAUUAAAGGCUUGGGGAAGGAGACACUGAGAGACCUUCCAGUUUGGUCCCUCAUGAGCAGAAGAAAACAGAUUGAUAACUACUGAAAUAGAAUAUCCCUAGUUUUAAAACACUGAGAAUCUCUGAAGUUCAUCAGCAUCUUAAGAUGUACUUACUUGAAAGUUUGAGAUUCUGUUUAUCAUUUGAAAAUAUAUGUUGCUUUAAUUCUUUCUUUGACAUGUUGUUUUUUCAUAUCAAGAAAUACAUUUUGUGAACAAAAUAGCCUUUUGACCCUGACCUUGCUGGAUGAAUUAGCUCUGAAACGCUCUCUGUAACAAGUAAUGUGUUUGUCCCACAUUUCAUUCUGAUGGAGAAUGAUGAACACCAUAGCACCAAACAAAAAUCCGAGGGGUUAGAUAAUGUCUGGAUUAAAUAAUUUAAGACUCUCUGGGAUUUUGGUUGUCAUUUUUUAUUUAGAACUGACUUCAAGUUACUUUUUGUUGUCUCAUAGGUCACAUUUGAGACAGGUUUGUGUCUGUUCCUUGCAUCUGAAUUCCUGUUGGUAAAGACACCUUUGAGGUCUCCUGCUCAGUUUUCUUCAUUCGUUAUCUUGGUUUAUCACCCCUCCCUCCUUUUUUCCCCUGACUAUUAAGCAGUUUCAUCUUUGCUUUCUUUAAAUAUUUAUUUUGACAGCAGUUAGUUUGUGUUAAGCUCUUGAAACUUGUGAUUGUAUUUUCUCUGUAGAAAUAUAUGUAAUUAUUUUUAUUUUUCAAUCACAGAUUCAAGCUUCCUUUUUAUUUACCAUAAAUCACUAAAGUUAUUUAUGUUUUCAUA